AUGUCCCCCGCUCUGUCUCUGAGGCGCGUCCAGGCAACUCUGCACGCUGCCCCAUCCACAGGUGGCGCCUCCGCAGCUCCCAUUGGCCGCGAUUCCCGGCCAACGGGAGCUGCAGAGGUGGCACCUGCAGACAAGUAUGUUCAAGAAAACUUAAGUGUCAUGUCAGUGGGGUUCUUGCUCAAUGGUCCUGAUGAUGCUGUUAUCUGGAGAGGACCCCAAAAAAAUGGAAUGAUCAAACAAUUUCUUUGUGAUGUGCAGUGGGGUGAAAUUGACUACCUUAUUGUGGAUACACCUCCAGGUACUUCAGAUGAACAUUUAUCUAUUGCAUAUCUAAGUUCCGCAUACAUAGAUGGAGCAGUUAUAAUCACUACCCCUCAGGAAAUAUCACUUCAAGAUGUUUGAAAGGAGAUCAACUUCUGUCAUAAGGUGAAACUGCCAAUCAUAGGUGUUGUUGAAAAUAUGAGUGGCUUUGUAUGCCCAAAAUGUAAGAUUGAAUCUCAAAUCUUUCCGCCAACAACUGGAGGAACAGAGAAGAUGGACCAAAAUUUAAAUAUUUCUCUCCUUGGUAAAGUGCUCCUAGAUCCUCAAAUAGGGAAAGGGAAAAGUUGUGAUAAAGGCCAAUCUUUUUUGUCUGAAAUACCUGAGUCCCCAGCUACUUCAUCCUACAGGAAUAUCAUCCAAAGGAUUCAAGAAUAUUGUGGCCUACACCACUCACAAGAAAAAUUAUCUAACCAAGGAACGGAAUAA